UCGGACCCCUGAAAUGAGAUUACACGCUCUGUUAGUCAAAAUGGUGAGCAAUUAUAAUUUGAGCGAGAGGAAACUUCCGAAGGCCUGAGCAAAGAAUACCUAUUUCUGUAUGGAAAAACAACAUUUCAACCAACAAUCCCCAGAGAAAACGUAAGAUCCCAUUUCCGUUCCAUCUCAAGACUUUGAAGUUUCAUUCGGGAUAAAGUGCAAGUAAUUCAGUUCACUGCCUUUUUCUUGUUCUAGGAAAGAUCUCAAAACGCGGGACUGACGAGAACCCCUUUACCCAUUACCACUGGCCCAACCCUCGGCCAAAGAUGUCCCAAGGCGUGACAAUGAUUGCCAUUUUUGAUGACGUCAAGUAUUAUGGUGAAGGCUGGACCCUGUCCUUCAUCGUGUUCUUUGGAUUGUGUGCCAAUGUGUUCGCUAUCUUUGUGAUUCGAGACUCGGAGCUGAACCUUAUCCAGAACUUUUCAAGGCUCCUCCAGUUUCAAGCCGCGUGCGACAUGGGAUAUCUCAUUACGAAUGUUCCAGCCUUUGUUUUCACUGGAUUUGGCUUCUCUUUCGCCGCCAACGAAGUGUCCUACUUCAAAUAUUCUCGUAUUAUGAUCCCUCUGCUUCAUAUCUUCCUCACCGGUUCGAGUUACACGACCGUAGCUUUGGCUGUGGAGAGAUUGGGCGCCAUGAAGAUCCCAAAUAACCAAUCGCGGCGAGGUCAAUUGGGCCAAUAUCCAUUGAUUGGAGUCCUGUCCUUGAUCAUAUGUGUGAGCGUUGGUUACAACGUUCCUCGUUUCUUUGACACGGAAAUUGCCUUUCACAAGGAAACAACGCUUAAACGAAUCAACAAUACGGGCAACCCCGUGGUUGAUCAUGAUGUUUUCCAAGUCGAUGUGCCACACUUGGAUCAUUCUCAGCUGUUCCCACUGAGCUAUUUCAUCUAUUACAAGCAGGUUGGAGCCUUCAUCUUGACCAGUCUCACUCCAUUCAUGGCCUUGACAGUCCUGAACGUACUCAUCUCGAGGAAGCUCGAGAUUUUUCGUCGAGUUUCCAUUCGCUUGGGUCGGGAACAGCGAAAAACGGUCCGCGCGACGGCCUCAUUGAUGGCCAUUGUCUUUCUCUUCCUCGCCUGUCAUAGUGUCAAACUGGUCGUCAAUGGAUAUCAAGUCAUUCAGGUUUUGAGCGUGGGUGAGCAAGUUCACACUUGGCAUGCCUGGUUGGAACACAGCACGACCAUCUCCCAUUUGCUCUUGGCCAUCAACUCCUCCAUCAAUUUGCUGCUAUACUGCGCUUGUGACCGUCACUUUUGGGUCAUUGCUCAAAAACGAGUCAAAUUACUCUUCGUGUGGCCCAUCACCCUUCGUCGGGAGUUUGCCAGUUUCGAGUGUGUCUUCACCAGGAACUUGGAAAUCCAGGAGAAUUACAUUGGAUCCAAGGAGACAAUGCAGACCAUGGUCACCGAACUGUGAACGUGUCCGUUUUUUAAGUCGGUGGAAAGUAGUUGGAACUUUUGAGUAUUUUUCUACGCCAUCUCAAACAGGGCACAGACACACACACUCACAUACACGAACACACCUUGCCUCGUUCGUUGAAAAACAUAUCCAAUUCUUUGGAUGUCGUCGCCACUUUUUUCCCUGGACAUAGUGCUUCAAUUCGAGACGGAAAAAAGGUCGGGAGAAAGAAGACUUUGCUCCUACACUUGGGAACGGUGAAACUCCCACGAGAUUUACGAGACCCUGAGGGCUUGUUCGAAUGUCAGAAUCCACCAUUUUGGUGUACUAUAUAUACAUAUAUCUAAUUUGUAUACGUACAUAGAAAUCUUAAAAAUGUUUUAUGGUUGUUGAAUAUGUUUCGAUUCCGUGUGUUUAAUUCCGAAUAUAUCCCGGUUUGCAAAAUUCCCAAUGCUCAAGUGUGAUAGCAUUCAUGUGAUGUCGCCGAACGGAAAAACCCUUGAAAUAUAUUUAGUCUAAUAUAUGGAACAAUCAAA